AUGGGAAGAUGCAACCUGUUUCCUUUGAGUUAUAUUUCAAUAAAAAUAGAUAUCGGCAACAUAAACUGGUGCAGCUAUGUUUUGGACUGUCUUGUCAGAACAAAGAACUCGUACAUACCAUACUCAGAUAACAACUACUUUGUUGGACCUUCAGCUUUCUUGGUGUUGUUCUAUGCUGAUAACAUCCACUCAGAAGCUUUAACGGUAACACGUAAACGUCCAACAAUUUGUUAUUGGAGUUCAGAGAAGAUUAGAUAUCGAGAGACAUUUGAACAAAUAGAAGGUAAAUUUGGACUUGGAGAAUUAAAUGAAGAAUUUGUUAAUGAACAAGAUGAAGGAGAUACAGAUCUCGAAGACAGUGAUUCUGAUAAAGAUGAAGAUCAUUCUGUUGAGGCAUAUGAAUCAAAAAUAUCUAAAAUGCUUAAUAGUUUUGAGAGGAUGAAGGAAAAGCUGAAUUCAAAGCUCAAUGAUGCGAUAACAAAGUUCCCUGAAAAGGAAAGUUUUAGGAUUUCCAAAGAAAAGAUGACUAAUAUAACUGUUGAAGAAAAAACUGAAAGCACAACACUUUUUAAUUUCCAAGUAAUGAAACUUGAGUUGAAGGAAUCAAUUUGA